AUGGAACCUUUUUUGUAUUACUCCAUUUUCACAACUAUUGUUGCCUUCGUCAUUAUCAUCACUCUCACCAAGACAAACACAAGCCUCAGUAAUAAGAAGAACCUUCCACCAUGUCCACCAACACUUCCCAUAAUAGGCAACCUACACCACUUGAAGCCCCGUGUCCACCGAACUUUUCACGCUCUUUCCCAAACCUACGGCCACAUUUUCUCUCUCUGGUUCGGCUCUCGCCUCGUCGUCGUUGUGUCCUGUCCAACCCUAGCCCAACAAUGCCUCACCAAAUACGACAACGUUUUGGCAAACCGCCCUCGUUUUCUCACCGGAAAGUACCUCUUUUAUAACCAUACCAGCUUGGUGUGCUCUUCCAACAAUGACCACUGGCGCAACCUUCGUCGUAUAGCCACCAUGGACGUUCUCUCGACGCCCCGUCUCAACUCCUUCUUCGAAACUCGUAGGGACGAGGUCACCAGGUUCAUAAGAAACUUGGUGGCAGACACGUCCAUGGGGUUCGCUAGGGUGCAACUGAGGCCCAGGAUAACGGAGAUGUUACUCAACAAUAUGAUGAGGAUGAUCUCCGGAAAGAGGAAUAAUGAAUAUGGCAAAGACGACUGCAAUAAUGGCAGGGAUGACAACGGAGCAGGAUGGUUUAGAGAGAUCAUCGAAGAGAUCCUGUCGUUGGUGGAUGCGAACAACAAGAGUGACUUCUUGCCUUUGCUUAGGUGGUUUGAUUUUGAUGGAUUUGUGAAGAGAUUGAAGAGAGUUGGUGAAGAAGCUGACGUGUUUUGGCAAGGACUCCUUGAAGAGCAUCGCAACGGGGAGCAUGGUAAUAACGAUACCAUGAUACAACAUCUCUUGCUUCUUCAAAAAUUGCAACCUAACUACUACACGGAUCAUAUUAUCAAAGGCCUUAUUCAGGAUAUGUUGCUUGCUGGAACAAGCACAACGGUUCUAACUAUUGAGUGGACCUUAUCCGCUUUGUUGAAUCACCCAGAGAUAUUGAGGAAAGCAAAGGAUGAAAUUGACAAUCACAUAGGCAAAGAUCGUUUAGUAGAUGAAUCAGACAUUCCAAAUCUUCCUUAUCUUCAAAAUAUUAUCCAUGAGACACUUAGAUUGUACUCUCCAAGUCCAUUGUUACUGCCUCAUUUUUCUUCAGAUGAGGUGAAUAUUGGAGGAUUCACUAUUCCACGUGACACUAUAGUGUUAAUUAAUUCAUGGGCUAUGAGAAGAGAUCCUAAAAUUUGGGGUGAUGAUGUUGAGUGUUUUAAGCCUGAAAGGUUUGAGAAAGAAGGGGAAGCAAACAAGUUAAUGGCAUUUGGAUUGGGAAGAAGAGCUUGCCCUGGGUCUGGAUUGGCAAAUCGUAUAAUGGGUUUGGCGUUGGGAUUAUUGGUUCAAUGUUUUGAAUGGGAACGACUCAAUCAUGAAGAAAUUGAUAUGAGGGAGGACAAAGGUUUCACCUUUGCAAAGUUAGUUCCAUUAGAGGCUAUGUGCAAAGCAAGACCAAUCAGCAAGAAAUUAGUUAAACAUGAAAUAUGA